AUGGCGGCGCCCGCUGCCAACACAACCGCUUUCUCCUGGGCCAAAGUGAGCGGCUCGUACGACGUCUUAAUCACCCUCUUCGACUUCUUUCAUCUCAGCGAUGAUCAACGCUACGAGGUCUUUCGCCGGGUCGCCCUACCUGAAGGCGAAAGAUUCGGGAAGGAUGUGACAUUAGCAAGCGCAACUUUUUCGAGCUUUACUCUGGGCGUGCUGAGCCAAAUCGACUAUCUUGGAAUCGCGCAGCAGAUCUGGACAAUCCUGGUGAGGAUGAACACAAACAGAGGCUUGAGGCUCGAGUGGCCGUACACGAGAAGCUACGCCAAGGGCUGGAAGAAAUGGGAAUCUGGAACGCUGACAUGGACCUGGCUUGGGAGGAUGAGCGAGAGAUCGAAGACGGACGCCGUUACGAGCGGACCUAGAGACCAUGGCGGUAUCGAAGCCGAGCACAAUCAAAAUCUUAUCCUUACGAACAAAGAAAGCGGAGGAUCUACCUCCCUUCAGCCCAAGCAUGUCGACAAAGGCACGUACAGCAAACAGCCCCCCAUGUCAAGCGGCAUGUCUCGUCAUAUUGGUAUCAACCAAGACACCAGGACCGCAAACCAUCCGUUCAGUUAUGUCUCCAGCUUUUCCGAAAGCUCUCAACUUCCUCCACUACAUACAAUCGACACCUCUUCAGAUUUCACAUUUGCGGUUCACGGUCAUCAGAACACACCCACCAGACACUCGCAAGCCACCUCCGAAGGCGCAAAAACGUCUUCAGCCGGGUCAAAUAACUCCGACAAUCUAUCUUCAACAAUGUCUCUUCCACCGUUGACGAUAUGUAAGCUCAACAUGGUCCAUCAACGAGACCUGAGCUGGCACGAAGGUACGCCUAUUGCUCACCGAGCGAGUUACGUGUCUCAAGAUCAAACAGCUUUCCAUCGUGGUGGUCCAGUCUUCAGAGUGUCCAUUAAUGGCCAGUGGGAGGACGUUAUGAUCUGCGGUGGAUGCUACUACUGCCAGAAUGGCAAGGAGCAGACAGACGCUCCGAUACCGAAAUUGGAGGAACUCUCAAGUCAAGCAGCCAAGUCUCCCACACAAGGUCUUCCGUUUGUGCACUCCGGCGAAGUUCACAUCGACAGCAGUGGCUCGCGUCCUUCAAGCAAAUUCCUCGGCACCGCGCGCAAUUGGCGUCUCGAUUAUCCAGCCAUGAUGAGAACCGACAUCACCUUCACCCGCGGUACGAGUGUUGUGUCCAAUGUAGCCGCCAUGCAGUGUAUUAACAACACCUGCAAAGUCUGCAAUCCGGACACAGAGAUGGAUAGUUUGUUACGUAGCUGGCAGCCGGGUGGCGAGGAGUAUGAGAAGGACCAGGCCGAAAGGUUGAAGUAUGAUCAAAUGAGGAGGGAUUAUGUGGCUAGCGUGAACGCAGAGGUGGAGGUGAAGAAGAUCACCAAGAAGGCUGCAAUGAAGUCAAAGGUAGAAGCAGCUGCACAGGCGAAGGCGAUGAAAGGAAGCAAGAAGAAGUAA